UAAAGGAAGGCCGAGGGGUAAUAAUAACAUACCCGCUUUUUAUAUUUCUUGCUUUCUCGCUUGCUCUUUCCCUUUCGUCUUCCCUCCAUCCCCCACUAGGAAAAGAAGCUCUUCUCUUUUUCCUCAGAGACUGGAAUUCAGAUAGAGUGAGAAGGACAUGUCGAGCUGCAUCGAUGUUGCUUCCGAGCAAGUUUGCUACAUCCCUUGUAGCUUCUGCAACAUCAUUCUCGCGGUGAGUGUUCCAUCCAGCUGCUUGUUCGACAUUGUGACCGUUCGAUGCGGCCAUUGCACCAAUUUAUGGUCCGUGAACAUGGCAGCCGCUUUGCAGUCGCUUUCGUGGCAAGAGAUCCAGAACCCAAGUUUUAUUCCUCCAGAUUACAGGAUAGACCUGCCUUCUUCCUCGUCAUGCAACAAGGCCACAAUACGAUCACCAGCCUCGAGCAAUGAGGAGAGGACCGUAAACAGGCCUCCAGAGAAGAGGCAACGCGUUCCUUCUGCCUACAAUCAGUUCAUCAAGGAAGAGAUUCAGAGGAUCAAGGCCAACAACCCCGAGAUAAGCCACAGAGAAGCAUUCAGCACUGCAGCUAAGAAUUGGGCACACUUCCCUCACAUUCACUUUGGGUUGAUGCUGGAGAGCAACAAGCAACCGAAACAGCUUGAUGAGGGAUCGGAUAAGCAUUUGAUGAGAAAGGGAACAAUAUGAAGCAAAUGAUAGAACUCCAUUAACCGUUCGGGACCCUCAAUCAUGUGUCCAAUGUCCUCAUCAGGGUAAAAUGGAGCAUUCAUUCUUCCAUGUACUUAAUUGUUUCGGAAGGAGACGAAAACUUCUAUUUGUCUUCCAUAUGCUUGUUAUGUUAAGAACUUUAUUUGGUUCUUUUAUUUUCAUUGAAGUUCAUAAGCGGCUUUCUCAUUGUUAUGUUGACAAUAUCCUUUGGCUGGCUGGUCAUAGUUCUUGCUGUGUAUCAAUCUAAUGCCAAUUUGUGUUU